GCCGCGUUCCCAUUUCAAACAACUCGAAAGGCCGCCACGCUGCCUUUUUAUCCCCACCCCCGCCGCCGCCGCCGCCGCCCGCGAACCGGCGCCUUAUCCUCCCGAGCCCCGACCAUGCCCUCCCGCUCCCCACCGCCGUCUCCGGGCGCGCGGGAGUGGCCCUGCUGCCGGUGCACGUUGAUCAAUCCCAUCUGCUCCGACAAAUGCGAGGCAUGCGAGGCCCCGCGCCCCUUGGAGCUCGACGCCGACAGUCCCGGCGUCGUGGUCGCCGCCGCCGCGUUGACCCCGCUCCGGCAGUUGCGGAGGAAGCGGGAGCGCUCUCCCGCGGUCGCGGAUGCCGAGUGCCCCGUCGGCGUGGUGGCCGCCCCCCCGUCGACACCGCUCCGGCGGUUGCGGAGGAAGGGGGAUCGUGCUCCGGCGGUUGUGGAUCUCCCCGUGGAGGUCGAAUCCGACAGCUCCCCCGUCGUGGUAGGCGCCUCCGGGUCGCCCCCUCGGCGGUGCGGGAGGAAGAGGGAACGCGCUGUGUCACCGGAUGUCGUCGAGCUCUGCGAUAGCGCGGGUCGAGCCGGGGGUGGCGGUGAGAAUGGGGAGGGCAAGGCGCCCGCCGCCAAGAAAGCAAGUCUUAGGAUUCAUUUGGAUAAGAAGACCAUCAAAAUCAUGACAUACAAUGUCUGGUUCCGGGAGGAUAUGGAACUGAGCAGAAGGAUGGAUGCUCUUGGAGAUCUUAUUAAGCACCACAGCCCGGACUUUAUAUGCUUCCAGGAGAUUACACCAUACAUAUAUCUGCUUAUGCAAAAAUCUGAAUGGUGGCAACAAUACAAAUGCUUGUUGUCACAGGAGAUGUCUAUUCUGAAGCCAUAUUACUGCAUGCAGUUGAGCAAAGUGCCAGUUGAGCCAUCUGAAUGGAUCCCAUUUUCUAACUCAAUAAUGGGAAGGGAGCUUUGCAUCACAAGUGUUAGCACGGGAGAGAUGACGAACUUGGUGUUAGCCACAACUCACCUAGAGAGCCCAUGCCCUGCACCUCCUAAGUGGGACCAGAUGUAUAGCAAAGAACGUGUAGUUCAGGCAAAGAAAUCCCUAGAAAUUCUGGGACACUGCCGCAAUGCAAUACUCUGUGGGGACAUGAACUGGGAUGAUAAACGAGACGGCCCCUUUCCUCUGCAGGAUGGGUGGAUUGAUGCUUGGGUUGAGCUGAAGCCCGGAGAGGAUGGCUGGACCUAUGACACGAAGGCCAACAGCAUGCUGUCAGGCAACCGCAAGCUGCAGAAACGAAUGGACCGGUUUCUGUGCAAGCUGGAAGAUUUCAAGAUUGAUAACAUUGAGAUGAUCGGGAAGGAGGCAAUACCGGGCAUCUCGUACUUCAAGGAGAAGAAGGUUCGGAAAGAGUGUCGAAAGAUUGAACUGCCUGUCUUCCCCAGCGACCACUUUGGUCUUGUUCUGACCAUCACCAAGCAGGAGGGUGGCAUCAUCUGAACUAUGGUUACGAUUCUGCAGCAUUAAAGGAAGUUCUCAUGUGUAAUAUUUAGGCCUGUCAUUAUGCAUAUGCCCCUCGAUUUUGUGAAUUUUGUGAAGGAGGCAACCAUUUACUAGACGGACAUGCUAAUGGUGGUGAUUACCAGCUGGCUGCUUGAGUGUUUGCUACUAUUUUUUGCUUCGUUGUUGGUCCUUGAGAUCGUGUGGGUUGGCUGAAAGACAACUUCCCAUUUGGUCUGACUAAUAUAACCGCUAAUACUUUAAAAAA